ACUUUCACAAACUCAUACCUCAACCAACCAUUUCACUCUAAAAUGCUAAAAUGCAACACCUAUUUCAACACCUCCCUCAUCCUCUUCGUGUUCUCACUAACCUACACCUCCCUAGCGUACGAUAUCAGCGGUGGCAGGAAGGCGCUGACGCCGGCCAUGUGGACAACCCCCAGCGGCGGCAAUAGUGGAUCAGGCCAUGGUUCAGGCCCAGGUGGCAGCUGGGACUACAGCUGGGGGUGGGGCUCAGCUCCUGGAAGUGGUUGGGGAUACGGGUCCGGCUCCGGUCGGUCCCCGACUGGGAGCGGUAAAGGGUUCGGGUUCGGUUAUGGGUCUGGUACCGGGUCUGGAUCCGGUUCUGGUUAUGGUUUUGGUAGCGGUGGUGCGCAUGGUGGUGGAUAUGGUUAUGGAAGUGGUUCUGGUGCUCCAGGAGGCGGCACGGGCGGGGGUGGUGGUGGUUCGGGUGGCCAGAGCUACCGAUCACAGCCGGUUCCUGAUGGGACGGUCAACAACGGUGGAAAUUGAACUGGGUUUGGUGUUUACUACUACUUACUAAGAGGAAUGUGU